CUUGCUAAAAAUAGCGUGGGCAGGCGGGCAGCAACAGUUGGGAGGAGAUUGGCUUACAUUUGUGUAUCGUAACCUUGUGUGUCCGUACACACGAAAAACGCAACAGUUCCGGCUUUGCUUGUGCACUGCAUGCUUGCUCUGAGUUGGGAGGUCGGCAGCUUCUUACCGUGCAUUAUCAACUACCUCCUCGGUGCUACACCUCAAGACGUCCCGACCGGGGAUCAGCCGUGUCCCCAUCUCACCUGCAUCCACCCUGUAAUAGGACCACCCGGGAUUUCAGCCGUGAAACAAGGAUUUGUUAAGUGGAUUUGACCUCUAACCGCCAUCUUUGACACGUCAUAUCCGGGAUCGUCGAAGGAUGAGGCAGGAUCGAGCGGAAGGUGGCGCACACGUACCUCAGGCCGCGUCUUCAGGAAGCAGUCCGCUGUCAACGUCAUCUUCCCGAGCUGUUCCAGGGAGCUGUUGCCUCUGUUUCUGCUGCUGCUGCAGCUGCUCUUGCUUGUCGGUCCGAGGAGGUCAAGACGAACCAAGCCGAGACAACGGCCGGCAACCCAAAUCAACGUCCUCUAGAGAAACCAAGUUGGAAGAGGUUGACGAAAAGACAGCAUCUGGCCAGCCCGACAUGGAGGAGGUGAACGAGUGGGGAAAGUCGUUUGACAAGAUGAUGAAGAGCUGCCAUGGAAGAAUAAUAUUCAGGGAGUUUCUCAAGACAGAAUACAGCGAGGAAAACAUGAUGUUUUGGCUGGCUUGCGAAGAUUUGAAGGAGGAAAAGCCAGAGAAUCAAAGUGCCAUCGAAGAGAAGGCAAGGCAAAUAUACGAAGACUACAUAUCAAUUCUAUCCCCAAAAGAGGUGAGUAUAGACUCACGAGUACGGGAGAUUAUCAACAGAAACAUGGUGGAUCCCACUCCAAGCACGUUCGACGAAGCGCAACAGCAAAUCUAUGUACUGAUGCAUAGAGACUCCUACCCCAGAUUUCUGAACUCCAAAAUGUUCAAAGACCUCUUAAGACAAGUGUCAUCAGAAGGAGCAUCUAGCUGAAGCUUGGGGUGAAUGGGUAUCACUAUAGCUUUAUGUAUAUUGUUUGUAUUACUUAGUUGCACCUCCUACGACCGUAACGUGUGCGUAUGAUGUACUUGUAAUAUGUUAUAUUUUGUACAACAAUAUCGAUUUCCUUCACAUCGUGUGGCGGCACGGGAAUUGUUCAGGCCAGGAAUGUGGAAGUAGUCGUGUGAUCUCCCCACUUUCCUUGGAUCAACGAUGACAGAUCGGGAGGAUGAGGAAUUCGGCUACGGUAUCUCCCGCGCCAGAUAGGAACCAGUACGUUGUGCUGCUGCCACAGCAUGAGGUAUCAGAGAAAUGUGAUACACGUACAUGUACUGUGACAUUUUAUCCACCUACUGUGGGUGAUGAAAAGCCAUACCGAUUCAUAAAGCCUUUGUUUGGUUAUGUUGUGUUGACGGACACACUGUCAGAUGAUAACAGAACAUCUGAAGCAGUCAACCGGAACGAAGGUCAGAUGUGCCGUGGGAAAUACGUAUACUCAGGCGGUCGGGCAUUGCAUCCAGUAUCCCAGAUGCAAACAUCACGGAACAGGUUUCCUGUUGCAUAACUCUGUUCAUGUUUUAUGAAAAAUCGGCAAUCUUCCGCUGGACUUUUCUAACCGACUUGUCACCCUUUUCAAAAGCCUGCUCUGUCUUGGAGCCGCGGACGAACCUAGACGUCACGGCCAAUACCAACCCGCUCCGGUCGGUACGGUGGCCACAGUACCGGAGAACCGGCACAACGGUAGCAGGUGGCAGAGGAAAUGUGUAUGCGCGAACUGUUGACAUGGACGAAUGGACGGCCUAAUCUUCUCCUGCAAGAGUUACCAGUACCGACUCCAUCACUACUAAUAAACCCCUAGCGGCCUCUACACAAACUGCAUGUUGGUGAUAUAUUUUAGUCAUGUUCACGAAGUAGAUGAGAAAAUUGCACGUUUUCAUGUCACAAGGAGUACCCUCCUAGAUUGGCAACAUCUUUCAGUAACGUUCGGCUUACAACGAAAUUGGAUGGUUAAGAUCGAUCAAAACAAUUCACCAUUUUCGGUAUUUGCGAAGCAGACCCUAUAUGUGCACUUUUUGAAUACCUGGGUGUAACAGUGGUUACGUUCCUUUCUGCUUCAAUAGCUUACUCUACAAGACAUACGAACUGCGCAAAACGAUCAUGCUGGAAAAGUGCGAAAGUGCUGACAUUGGAUAGACUAUGAACGGAUCAGCCAGGCCAGGACGCUCUGAUUUAGGAUCUCAAAAUAUUCUUUUUAGACGUUUCUUUGUUUGAAAUUAGCCACUGGCAAAUGUGAGAACUUUUAGAUAUCGCAGGGUCUUAUCUUAGUAUUAUGAUAAUUAGAUAGGUAGCGAAGGGGAGCUUUUUGUCUUUGGGUUUAGUUCGCAGACUCAUUCUUCCAAGACACGAAUCUGUGCAGUGAUUUUGAUCAUUGCCACUAUAAAACAAGACUUGUUCGUGCAUGUACAGCGCAUGCGCUUUGCGUCUUGCUAUUGUCAUCAUGCAAUCGGUGCGUGGACUUUGAGAAAAAACUAUGUGCAAGGGAAACAAAGGUUAGGCAAUCAGAUCAACGUAGCUGACUGUGUCCUGCUUAUCGAAAGACGUUUCAUCAUCGCCAAUUUCUAACUAAACAAGUGUCAAUGUAAAAGGGCUUUUCACGAAUAACUAAUGUAGGCGCAGGUCGCCAUUUGAUGUCUCCUCACCGUUAUGAAGUAUAUGGUACUAUGAGUUUUUGUUAGAUGUCGUCUUGUUAUGUAGAAACAGUAUACUGAUGUAUGAAGUAAGCUGAAAAAGUCUAUGCUGUGCUACUAGUAUUGGGGUGUCUGUAAGGAGACAGAAAAAAAACGAAAAAAAUUGCUCUGGCAGCCGGGACCAAGCAGAACCGCGAGAGGUGAUGAGAAACUCAUGAUGAGAUAUAUCACAUCAGCCGUCAUCUUCAACACGUGAAGUAAACACCUUAUUCAAACUGCCCAGUGUUUGAGCAGCAUAGGGUACACUGGCGGGAACUCUAAUCAGAACCUGUGUCGAAUCGUCAAGGACGCUUGAUGCGGAGCCAGAUACUGUGUAGACCUGCCGAUAAGGAUAUGGAACCUUUCUUCAUGUCUUUACCAUCCUGAGGUGUUUCGAGUUUUUGUGUUCUAACCCAGGAUUCAUGUUGCCAAUGACACUCCGAACGGAAUAAAUCGCAUCAACAGACAAAGGCGUGAUUGCGCAGGACGCCGCCUCUACUAAAUUCAAACGUCACCUCCCCUAAACCAGAUGUCACCACAUCUAGCAAUAUUUCACCUUCUAAGUACGGUGAUACCUUUGAAAUACAGCCAAACACCUGAUUAUUGAUAUAUAGUUGUUCUUGUAAUUAUUGUCAUUAUUGAUUUUGAAAAACAUUGAUGGUGUAUUUACAGAAAUGUAUAUUUGUCCAUAAACAAUGUGAGCAAAACACUCAGCCUCACUAACAAAUAAGAGAGAAGCACUGUUUACGUGGUAAUAUUUAUCAUUUUAGUUGAAAUAUUACCCUUAUAAAGGUUGUCACCUUCACUAAGACUGUUAAUGAGAGAUGUUCUAGUCUGUGACAUAAAGUGUAGUUACGGCAUCCCCAACAUGCUGUCAAAAAUGUAAUCCGAACUUUGCUCAGCCUUGUUUAGAAUUCUUCUUCGAGGUCACGGUGAAAGAAAGUUCAGUGAAACGUUCAUAUAAAGGAGUUUUGAAGAAACAGGGAUGUACAGACUGUACAGUGUGUAUGUAUUUUAUGUAUUUCUGGUACAAUCAUCGCCAUUUAGCAGAUGUCUCUACGAGCCAAAUAGCUACAGACAUGAGCUAUUUUUGAUGCCCUCUAAACAGUCGCUCAGGAUGCCUUUGUCACCAUUAGUUGUACUUGUACGUUUGAUUUAAGCAAUCCCGACUUCUGUUUAGUGAUUGUAGACAUUAUUCUUAUUGUUCUCUUAGCUGUCAUCUACGUUACUGUUAGUUCGAAUGUUUUCUGGACGAAGUGUUUCUCUUGGACUACAUGGUAAUUGAUGCCACCAGAAGAACACAUGGCCGGGACAUGCACGUAGGAGAUGCCUCUUUGUACAAUUCCAUCAUACUGGUGCUCUUUCAAUCGGAUACAAUCGUCGGUAGUUUCGUAGUUCUCUUCCAAUUGUAUGGUUUUCAAAUACAAGAGUCAAGAUUAGGUCCUAGCUAGUUAGAAAACGCACAAAAAACAACUUUCGCGAGUUUCUCAUUGACUCCCAUGACCAAGCUUGUAUGAUUUAGUGCGAGUGGAUCAAAACCUAGCCAAGAAAACUCUACAUGAAUGGAAUAUGGUGUAGUCUGUUGCCAAUACGAUAUCAGCUUACCAUUUUAAGAACGUAUGUACAGUGAAAUGCACUGUGGGUAAACUGUGGGUUCACAUUUGCCCUGUUACCCACAGUGCAUUUUGCUGUGCAUACUUAUCAUCCAGACUUUUCCUUUUACACUACGGUAUCUCCUAUGGGUACACUCCGGCCAUGUAUUCUUCACAACGCAUGUCAUAGUCUCACGACAGUACACGAGACAGAAUCGAGACGGCCCCACAACUGUGGCCAGUACAGUACUGUAAAUAGUUUUGUGUCAGAUGAUGUGUAAGAAGUUAUGGGGUGUGUAAAGAUGUUGUCAGAACUUGUGCAAUCUAUGAAAAAACUUUAUAUGCAAAGUAUGUUGACUUUGAA